AUGACGGAUCAAACCGUGCGCAUGUUCGUCCUCGAGACCGAUCAGCCUCAUCCAGAUACCAAAGCCGACCGAGGCAGUUUCGGAAACAUAUUGGACGACCUCUUCAACGACGCCGGCUCACAACACACGCCACCACUCCGCGUUGAAACAGACAUGCACUAUGUGGUCGAAGACCCGCCCAAACAUCGUGGCCACGUCCCGACGGCGGACGAGAUCCCCCCAGAAACACGGGCCAUCUUAAUCACCGGAAGCAUGUACGACGCCCACGGCGAUGACCCAUGGAUUCUCAAGCUUCUCGACCUGCUCCGACAACUGUGGCACGAGCGACCGUCUCUCCGGUUCAGCGGUGUCUGCUUUGGCCACCAGAUCCUCUGCCGCAUGCUCGGCGCCCAAGUCCAGCCUCACCCGAACGGAGAUUGGGAGCUUGCGCACACGGAGCUCGAACUCACGGAGCUCGGCAAGCAGCUUUUCAGAACAGACCAGCCGACGAUACAGUUGCAUCAGAUGCACCAGGACCAAGUGGCCACAGUGCCAUCGGCGGAAUCAACGGACCUGCUCGGACCAGAGGACAAGGUCCACGUCUGGGCGACGACGGACCACACGCGGAUCCAAGGGUUGUACCUCCGAGAUCGACUCUUCACGUCCCAGGGUCAUUUGGGUUUCGACGAGGACACGGUACGAAGGGAGGUCGACAUGCGGGUCGACAACGGCGGAAUCAAGAACUCGACAUUCGCAGAGCAACGAAAAGAAACGGCCGAGUUGAAACACGACGGCAUCCUCGUCGCCGGCGCGGUUCUGCGAUUCUUCCAUGGCGAAGACCGGGAUAUCUCGUGA